UGUAUAGUCAAACUCUACCACCACUGUUCUUAAGUCUCACUCAAUUAUGUUGCAACCUUUCACUUCUUGCUUCACCUUUCUUCAUAGGGAGAUCAAUUUCCUCCUCAACCAGCAAAGAAGCAUGCACAUAAUGAAUGUAUGGUGCUGGAGAAGACGACCCAACAAAAGAUUCUCUUCAAGUUCUGACUUGUCAAUCUCUUCUUUCGUUCACAUGGAGGUGGCUAGCCAGUUUCAACAAGUUUUCAAGCUUAUUGACACUAAUGGGGAUGGAAAGAUAUCAACAAAUGAGCUCAGUGAAGUACUUUCAUGCCUAGGAUACAAUAAGUGCACAGCUGCUAAAGAAGCUGAAGGCAUGGUAAGAGCUUUGGACUUCAAUGGAGAUGGGUUUGUAGACUUGGACGAGUUCAUGGUUGUCAUGAAUGGCAUAAAAGAAGAAGGAAAAGUUGUCUGUGGCAAGGAGAAAGAUGAUGAUGAUGACUACCUCAUGGAUGCUUUUCUUGUUUUUGACACUGACAAGAAUGGCCUAAUCUCUGCUAAGGAACUAAGGAGAGUUCUUCUCAAUCUAGGAUGUGAUAAUUGUAGUCUCAGAGAAUGCAAGCGUAUGAUCAAAGGGGUUGAUAAGAAUGGAGAUGGGUUUGUGGAUUUUGAAGAAUUUCGAUCCAUGAUGAAAACAGGACUUGCCAACUAGAGUUUGAUAUGGGUUUGUGUUUUUUUUGAAUUGAUUCUCUCAUGCGUUAACAUUAUUGUUAAUAUUAUUGUGUUAUGUGAAAAAUCAUAGUCAUUCAUAGAUUAAUUCCCGGUCAAUAUUUUAGUGACUGUUAUUCUAUGCAUAACUGUCUUAUAUGGUCAUAUUAAAA